AUGGAUGUUUAUCUGUUUCAAAAUAUUCUUCCCGUCGUAAUUGCCGUGGCUGUGGUAGCAAUUAGCUGGUACUUAUGGCGAAGAAAAUCCAAGGGUUUUUCUGUCAAUUCUGAACAGGAAGAGUUGAGGUCGGGAGAUGAAAGAGCACAGAAUGUGUCCCAUAAGGUAAAAAGGAAAUUGAUUUUCUGAUUUCUACUUAACCUGAUUUACGCUUAUCAUGUCGUCCUAAAGCUUUUAAAUUCAUUUGUCUAUGAAAUAAAAGAAGAGAUUUUUAGAUAUCAUUAUAUUUUCUGGCACUUCUCUUUGCGUAUUGUAAAACAAUGAGUCGAUCGAAAUCUGUCUGGACUGGUCUUAGUAGUUCUUAACCUUGUACAGUAUUACAUGUAAGCUUAACUUAGCAUUCGAACUACCAUAAAAUUGUUUUUAAAUCAGUUAAUAUUGCAAACUGUGUCUUUAAAUGGAAAGUGGCAUUCUGAACGUCUUGUUUUUUUUCUUUUGUUGUUUUUUUUGUUUUUGCAAUAAAUCUUCUCAUUUAAGCUUAUAACUUCAAGUUCUGUUGACCAAAAAUUUUCCGAUCACCUGCGCCUUGUUCGGAAGCGAUUUGUUAAAAUAAACUUCACUUGCAUUUAAGAAUAAAUACUAUCAAAAAAAAGUUUCAGACAGUUAACUAGAUUUAGUUUCAUUCCAUUUCGUUGUAAUAGAGUUGUUGUGUUACACAAAAGCAAAGGUGAUUUAUUUCACUGAAAUGUCCCUCUACACAGGAUGGAUGUUUUUUUUUCUAUGUGUAUCUUUUAGUGAUCAGAAGUUGGAAACCUUCAAACCAAGGAAGGAAACUAUGAGUUAGAGAAUUUUGCCUACAGGGUGUUUACAUCACCAUUAUUUAUCAAAUACAACGUAACUUUAAUUACCAUAUAUAGCAAAAUAAUGUUACAUAUUUUCUUAUUUUUCUUUCUUUUCCCUUGUCAAAAACUGGAAAAAAUACAAUUGCCAUGACAAUGACCGAAAUAGUGUUACAGGCCACAUAAAAUAUAAUUUGAUUGAUAUCAUGCAACAAACCAUCUUCACCAAGACCAGGUGAUAACGUUAUCAACUGCAGCUGUAUUUCCGUUUUUCCACUUGUAUUAAUUUUCUCUUAUAGUUUCCUUGGAAAAUCAAGAUGAAGACAAAUUGCUCCCUUUUAGCUCUACCGUACUGUAGCAGGGUUGUGAUAGUCACUAGAAAAACCUGAAUUUUAGAGUUCAAUGCUCAUGUAGUAUUUUUGAGUUAAAUUAUUCCAGGUUUUAGAGGCGGUAUGUGGCAUCACCUAUAUUGUUGAUGGUUGCCCUAAAGGCAACUCUUGCAUGUCUGUCUUGCUGGGGAUGUAGCUAAGGAAAAGCUGAGCUGGUUUUUCUAUUUGUCAUGACGGGUUUUUUCUCAACUGCAUCUUCACUGAAUUACCCCACGUCCUUUUUUUCCAGAGUAAUUUGAGCUGGUGGUAAGCUCUUUUUUUCAGCCAGUGAAAUUAGCCAGCAGCUGGCUCUUAGCAACAUUGCUAUGGCAUUUUUAACCCACAGAUGGUAUUUACUCUGUGAUUGUCAAGAUAGUGGAGACAGUAUUCACUUGUAGUCUUUCACACCCAAUUCUAACCACCCAAAGAUCUAAUACUGUUAAAUCUUAUAGUCUGUCUGUCCAUGACCUCAUUUUCUCUUCAUGUCGCACUGUAAAGAUACAGACAAUGUCAACAUUUUCGAGACCCUUUGACUGCUUACACUGAAUUCUAAAAGACUCCAGCUUCCUUGUCAAAAGUAUCUUUUUUUGAAUACCUUCAUUUUUUAUCGUUUUAGUGUAGAUGUCUAAUCCCCUAAAAAUGCCCAAAAAUGCAUUUAUUUUCUAAUAAAAAAUGUAUUUUGGAUUAGUCUUGCAGUUACAACUGUACACUCAUUUUAAGAAGUAUUUACGUGUUUUGUUUUAACUUAACCCAAGGAUGAUGAGGAAGAAGUGACUUUUGAAGAGGCUGCCAAGUUUUUACAAGGUGCAGGCCUAAUAAAGGCAAAAGAUAUCCAUUACCUUCCAGCAGAUGAGAAAGAGAUGCUGCCACAAGACAAAGGUAAACAGCAACUGACAGACAAUGAACAGAAAAAGAGGAUCAAAGAGAUGACAGUCAAGGAUGCAUCUAACAUUCAGACUUACUACAAGUCGUCUCGGCUGGGUAUCAAAGAGAUUGAAAGCCAAAUG